AUUUCUGAACUUUGUAAUGAGCUUGUGAAGAAAAAGGUGCUGCAGCUUAAUGAUUGAUCUCAGAAGCUGGCCAUGGCUGCGAUCAGGAUCGCCCUGGCUCUCCUGGUUGGGCUCUGCGCUUACUAUUUCUACCCGCAAGAAACGUUCUCCGCAGAGAUGGUGCGAGGAAUGCGCGUGCUGGUGACGGGGUCGAGCUCAGGCAUUGGGGAACAAAUGGCCUACGAAUUUGCGCGAAUGGGGGCCCAUCUCAUGCUGACCGCCAGGAGGGAGAACCGACUGCAGGAGGUGAUGCAGAAGUGCCAAAAGCUGGGAGCAAGUUCUGUCCACUACGUGGUUGCGGACAUGAGCAAUCUGACCUCUGCCCAGAAGGUUGUUGAAGAAACUAAGGCCCAGAUGGGAGGUCUUGACCAGCUAGUUCUGAACCACGUUGGAGGAACAAUGUUUGGUCCAUUCCAAGGAACAAUUGAGUCUGUGAUCAGGUCUAUGAAUGUGAACUUCUUCAGCUAUGUCCAGUUAACCAUUUCUGCUAUGGACCUGUUGCAAGAAUCUAAGGGGAACAUUGUAGUCAUCUCUUCCAUGAGUGGACGUAUUCCAGGCCCCUUCGCUAUCUCGUACUCCGCAGCCAAGUUUGCAUUGGAAGGGUUCUACUCCUCGCUGCGUGCCGAGAUGCGCCUGCGGAAAAUAGACCUGCCCAUCACUGUGGCCGUGCUGGGCUACAUCGACACCGACAUGGCCCUGAACUCAGUGGGCGAUAAAAUCACCCAGAAGGCAAGUUCCAAAGAAGACUGUGCCCGGCAGGUGGUGAAGGGCGGAGUGCUGCGCUACCGCGAGGUCUUCUACCCUUAUUGGGCUGUGAAACCCAUCCUGCUUUACCGAGAGCUGCUGCCAGACCUCGUGGAUCAGGUCAUGGCCUACGGCUACAAACUGGAGAACAUCCUCUGAGAACUCCAGGCUCGAGCAACCCCUCUGCGCCGCGCAAAGAUCGGGACUGCUUGCUACUUCCACCCACGGCAUUUGCCGCAAGGGGCAACUGAAACACUUCGCACCCAACCCCUGCAGGGAAGGUAACAAUGGGCAAAACAUCUCCAUUCCUCCCUCCUUUCCUGAGACCCUGGCAUAGGAUUUGUAGUCCUUGCCUGUUAUCCAAAUGCAGCAGUCACGUUGUGUGAAACGCAGCAGCAAAUCUAACACUUCUGGGGUGCCCCAUUUUUCCAACACCUGUGUGGGAACCUGGAAGCAAACAGUCACUGAACCUACAAACUGAGGCCUUCCAGAUCAUCACAGAAACAAGAAGCAAGCUGAGGACUUUCGGUCCUGAUUACUCAGUAGAGAAAGUCACACCACAGUGGGCCCAGUGCAAGAUCCUGGUAUUAACCUUGACUAAGUGGGAGGAAGAAAACCAAACCACUGAUGCUUUUACCCACUGCCACAAAUCAAUCACAGGUGUCGUUUAUAUAAAGCCAUGCGCAACAUUUCCUGGGUCCGUAUCCAAUACAACUAGAUCGGUCCAAUGCACUGCUCCCAUGUAAUGCAAAAGCUGGAUUCACACAACACACCAAACUGCAACGUAGCCAACCCUGGCUGAACCCAGCGGGGUGCAAACCCAGCUCAUGUGCUCAGUUAUGGGGACGCUGCGCUGGGCGAGCCCAGAAAAUUGAAUUGUUCAUGUAGUGUUCAGUAAAUCAAAAGAUCCUGACUGGA